AUGCAGUCAUGUCCUUAUCACAGGAAUCGCUGUGACACACUAACCUACUUCAAACCUAUUCACCCACUCAUCCUCACCCACUCACCCUCAUCCACUCAUCUUCAUCCUCACCCACUCACCCUCAUCCUCACCCACUCAUCUUCAUCCUCACCCACUCAUCCUCACCCACUCACCCUCAUCCACUCAUCUUCAUCCUCACCCACUCACCCUCAUCCUCACCCACUCCUACACAUCUCUCACCCACUCAUCCUCACCCACUCAUCUCAUCCUCACCCACUCAUCCUCACCACUCAUCCUCAUCCUCCACUCAUCCUCACCCACUCUCCUCACUUCCUCACCCACUCAUCCUACCCACUCAUCCUCACCCACUCACUCAUCUUCAUCCUCACCCACUCAUCCUCAUCCUCACCCACUCAUCCUCAUCCUCACCCACUCAUCCUCACCCACUCAUCCUCAUCCUCACCCACUCAUCCUCACCCACUCAUCCUCACCCUCACCCACUCAUCCUCACCCACUCAUCCUCACCCACUCAUCCUCACUCAUCCUCACCCACUCAUCCUCACUCAUCCUCACCCACUCAUCCUCAUCCACUCAUCCUCACCCACUCACCCUCACCCACUCAUCUUCAUCCUCAUCCACUCAUCCUCAUCCUCACCCACUCAUCCUCACUCAUCCUCACCCACUCAUCCUCACCCACUCACCCUCACCCACUCAUCUUCAUCCUCAUCCACUCAUCCUCAUCCUCACCCACUCGUCCUCACCCACUCAUCCUCACCCACUCAUCUUCAUCCUUACCCACUCAUCCUCACCCACUCCUCACUCAUCCUCAUCCACUCAUCCUCAUCCUCAUCCUCAUCCUCACCCACUCAUCCUCACCCACUCAUCCUCACCCUCACCCACUCACCCUCACCCACUCAUCUUCAUCCUCAUCCACUCAUCCUCAUCCUCACCCACUCGUCCUCACCCACUCAUCCUCACCCACUCAUCUUCAUCCUUACCCACUCAUCCUCACCCACUCAUCUUCAUCCUCAUCCACUCAUCCUCAUCCUCACCCACUCGUCCUCACCCACUCAUCCUCACCCACUCAUCUUCAUCCUUACCCACUCAUCCUCACCCACUCAUCCUCACCCUCACCCACUCAUCCUCAUCCUCACCCACUCGUCCUCACCCACUCAUCCUCACCCACUCAUCCUCACCCUCACCCACUCAUCCUCAUCCACUCAUCCUCACCCACUCAUCCUCACUCAUCCUCACCCACUCAUCCUCACCCACUCACCCUCUCAUCUUCAUCCUCAUCCACUCAUCCUCAUCCUCACCCACUCAUCCUCACCCAUUCAUCCUCACCCACUCGUCCUCACCCACUCAUCCUCACCCACUCAUCUUCAUCCUCACCCACUCAUCCUCACCCAUUCAUCCUCAUCCUCACCCACUCAUCCUCACCCAUUCAUCCUCAUCCUCACCCACUCAUCCUCACCCACUCAUCCGUCUUUUCAUGCUCCCUAA